AUGCACCCAGCAGGCGUUGCCAUCCUGGUGAUUAUUCUGCUUUUAAUAGCAGCCGGGGUUGGAUGGAUUGUCUUAUCACGAAUUAGGGCGCAACGGUUAGGUCUCCCACCACCCCCUUUGAGUUCCUACAUACCCUUUCUUGGAUCCUCGUCGUCCUCCUCGUACGGCCCAACUCCCGCACCAGGCGGCAUCAAGGGAUGGUUCAACGAUAAAUUGCGCCGGAUCAAGCAGGCCCGCAACACCCGCACCGCGGCCGGCGCAUACGAAGGCUCCUCCUCGUACAACGCAGGGUACUCCGGUGGAGGCGGCCAAGGCUUCAGAUCACUUGAUGACUCUGCCUGGGAUGCCCGCGUGGGCGAUUACAACCCCUAUGAAGAAGAGCGGGAAUUGGGACUCCGCCCUCCGCCAGGAGCUGCUACAGAUGGGGAGGGAUAUCAGAUGAAUGUGCCCCGUGAUCCUGAGGAGCAAGAAGAAAGAAGAGGAAGGUCGACCCAGCGUGAGCCUCAGCCUCAGCUGAAGCCAAAUCCGUUUGGGGACGAUGCCGAGCCGAGCAACAUUUCGCUUAGAGGGGUGUCCCCGAGGCCGAUGGCGGUUGAGACCAGUUUUGCGGCGAGGAAGCAGCAGCAAGGGCAACAGGGAAGGCAGCAGGAGGAUAACAGCCCCACGGAGAGGAGAUCCAUUUUUCGGGAGAACAUGUAA